AUGCAUGGGCUAUGUGGCCAUGGUCGGAUUGAAGAAGCAUUUGGGUUGUUUGAGAGGAUGGAGAGGGAGGGUAUAGAACCAGAUACAAUCACAUUUAACAAAUUGAUUUCGGGACUUAGGAAACAAGGGAGAGUGAAAGAGGGCAUUAAGCUUUUGGAUAAAAUGAGGCUUAAAAGGUGUAACCCAAAUCCAGGAACUUAUCAGGAGGUCUUGUAUGGUUUGCUUGGUACCAAGAAGUUCGUCAAGGCAAAGGAAUUCAUCGGUCGAAUGUUUUCUCAAAGUGUUAGUCCUAGUUUUGAGUCUUACAAGUUGAUGAUACAUGGGCUGUGUAAGCGAAAUCUACUGGAAGAUGUUGAUUGGCAAAAUUCAGAGAUCCUGCAACAUCUUAUCCCAGCAGGACCACCACCUCAACAAGAAUUGUCCGACCCAUAUCCUCCCAAUCUGAAUGAUGGGGGAGAACACGAGGAGGACCGAGAAAAUGAUCCUCCUCACAAGUUCGAGGCAGAACAAAGCCAAGUCAGAAACCAACACAGAGAACCUCCUUCCUCGCCUCCGCGGAAUCCCCAGCCUCAAACAGGCAUAACCUUCUGUGUUAAGGAAAAGACAGAGAAAGUUACCUAUUUCGACCUACAGAUCAAGGAUCUCAAGGUGAAAAUGGAAGAUGUAAUACAGGCUAUAAAAGGGAAAAGUUUUGCGGCCAUAGAUGACCCACUGCAGAGGACCAACUUGCCAUUCAGCCCUGCCUUUAUGAAAUACCCUCUGCCUAGCAAGUUCAAGAUGCCCUCAUUCGAAAGCUUCAAUGGGACCAAAAAUCCCCUCGAUCACCUGGAGACCUUUCAAGCUCUUAUGCAUUUACCCGCCGUGCCAAAUGAAAUCAUGUGCUGA